CAGUGUGCAUCGUGUUCUGUUAUUAACAUUAGGGCAUAAGAUUUAAAAUUACAGCGUAAUUUAAAGAUUUAUGAUUCAAAAUUUAUGACUUGAUAUUAUGUUUGAAAACGAAAAACUAGACGUGAAGUAUUUUUACUCUUAUUCAAUAAUAUGAGAUAUGUUUGAGUACAAAUAUGUUAUAAAGAGUCAUGCUAUUAUCCGGAUAUAGAAGUAGUGGAAUGUACAAAGUAAAGUUUAUUUUAUUUUGUAUAACAAUUAUAUUUCUUAUUGGCUGUUUUAUAGCGAUUUCAUCUUUGCCCUCAGAAGAAUGCAAUUGCAAACGAGAUAUUCCUGGGAGCAAAUCAAAGUUUAAUCCUAAACAUAAACUUGGAGUCAUUGUGCCUUUCCGAGAAAGAUUUGAAGAACUGCUUGAAUUUGCUCCUCACAUUCAUGAUUUUAUAUCUAAACAAGGAAUUAAUCACAAGAUUUAUAUCAUCAAUCAGGUGGACCAGUACAGGUUUAACAGGGCCUCCCUCAUCAACAUUGGGUUUCUAGUGGCAGUAGCGGAAGGUUGCGACUACAUAGCCAUGCAUGAUGUAGACCUUCUGCCACUCAACCCUAGCCUGUCAUACAACUACCCUAGUGUCGGUCUGUUCCACAUUGCUUCACCAGAACUACACCCCCGCUACCAUUACCCUACAUUUGUUGGGGGAAUUUUGCUGGUUAAAAAAGAGGACUUUGAAGCUGUCAAUGGGAUGAGCAACAAAUACUGGGGUUGGGGUUUGGAAGAUGAUGAGUUCUAUGUGAGACUGAAGGAAGCAGCCAUAAAUGUAUCUCGUCCAGUAAAUAUCACCACUGGUAUUGAAAACACCUUCAGACACAUGCAUGACCGUGUGGUUCGUAAGCGUGACAUGACCAAAUGUUUCAAUCAGCGUGAGGUGACCCGACGGCGAGACAGACAGACAGGGCUGCGUGACGUAUCCUACAGCAUACAAGCACGCCGCACAUUGAUGAUUGACAAUGCUGCAGUCACAGUGGUCAAUGUGGCCCUACGGUGUAACAGAACCGUGACUCCAUGGUGCUUGUGUAGCGAGGAGAAAAAAUCUAGCACUGCCAACCUAGCAAAGGUGAAAACUGUAAAGAAAGAACCAGCCAGAUGAUCCAAGGGGAAACACUAAACACCCAGAGGUGUUAGAUUUGUUGAAAACGCCCUGUGUAACCAGGUAUUUUAAUUAUGUUUAAUGUGUUUUUAUCUUGUUGUUAAGUGGCAGUACUGAGCAAUUAACUGAAGUAAACUAAGCAUUUGUGCCAAAAAAUGUUUGUUAAUUACCUGAGAGCAACUUUAAUUUCAACAUUUAUAUACUCAUACUCUGUGUGUUGUAUCUGUGAAAAAAAUCAGACUUUAGAAAAAAUAUUCAUUAAUAUACAUCUACAUACGGUUAUACCAAUAGUCAUUAGGAGGUAAGACAGAUUACAAUACAUUUUAAUUUUAUUAAUGAAUUACUUUUUUAAGAUGAAACUAGGCCUUCCUGUAUAAUUGGGUUGAACUAUAAGAGUUUCUGGGCUUCAUAGUUUAGCUAAAUUUGUAGCCUAUGAAAAUACUUUUAAUGUACGUUGAAAGAUAAGACUCAUGUAGGGGACCACGAUAACAACAAUAAGUUUGGAGCUGAUGUUGAUUAUAAACAACUUAUGAUGAACUUUUGAAUGAUGAUGAUUUUUUUAGUAUACUUUUGUGACAUUUUAUGACACUUUAUAAUAUUGCAUGUGGCUUCUUGUAGUUGUAAUCUAUUACUGUUUGCUAACAAUUCCAAAGCUUUCAUAACUGUGAACAGCUUGACAAAGAUAAAUCUCCUGUACUUUUUGUAAUGACAAUAAGUAUGUCAAACCUAAAAGAAUUUUAAAAUAUGUGAUGUGGAAAGCGUAAAGGGACCUCUUGUUGGUCGGCUAUGCAACAUUUUCAGUACAUCCGAUAUAAGUAAUUAAGGUAGAAAAUAUCGAAAUUGGGUUUUUUAUCGAUUGUUAUACCUCAUUUAACUCAGAACAGGACAUUAUCGGUUAAAAUAUUGAAUCGAAGAUGUAAAAGAAUAAAUCAUUUUGUCAGCCUCUGCACGGUCUGAGAAAAGGUACCUCUUGUCGCUCAAUGUUAUUUCGCCGUAACAACAAGAGGUCCCAUUUCUAAUGUUCACUUUAUUAACAGACUUUAGUCCAAAAAAUGAAUUGUCCUGCAUUCUAGUGGAAAUUUAGUGUGCUAUAACAAAGUUCAGUUUAAGGGAAACAAAUUAUCUCACAAUUUUUGCAAUCCCGACAAGAGGUACCUUUUAUUAUGUAAUGGAGAAAUAACUUAGGACCGACAAGAGGUCUCUUUUUCUGAAAUAUGAUCUUUACGACAUGCUUUGAUAAAACAAUUAUUUAAAUUAAAACUACCGUGAGUUAAGACAAAAAUUGGUACUGCCUCCAAAGAGGACAUUGUAAGCUUUCUUUUGUUACCAAAAUUGUUUCUUAAAAAAAACUGUUUUUAUGCAUAUUUGAAAUUUUUAAAUGGUUUUUUAAUGACCCUUUUUGCAUAGCAAAAUUUCAAAGUUUUAUAACUUUACUUUAACAAAGAAAAUCUUAGAUGCAGUGGACUUGCACCAAGUGAUUCGGAAUUCAAUAAGGAAUUCAAGUAUAUAACUCAAAAUCAAAAAAUUCCCGACAAGAGGGUGGGUCAUGAUUUUCCAUAUUUUGUUUGAUCAGUCUUCCAAUAUAAUUUUUUCUCUCCACAUCACAUAUAUUUUUACCCAUGCCCCAGCAUAAAAUACUGUAAUCUCUGUUGUUCAGUGUAAUGAAAGUGUCUUAAAAUAUGAUAAUAAUACUCUAAAUAUUCGUUCGCUGUAACAAAAGAAAGUUGCACACCAUGAUUUUCCAUAUUUUGUUUUAUCAGUCUUCCAAUUCAAGAGUGUACAGAUCCUUUUCCUUGGUGUGCUCUUUUUGUCAAGUUUGCAGCUUUAGGUUAGCUUUAGUUUUUCAAAUUUACUUUUCAAAUUAGAUGUACUGGUAGUAGAAGGUAGUGAAGAAGUUAAACCCCUAAAUCGGCAUUCGUCUUAUACUGUAGUACUUAUAAUGCCGGCACUAGUUGUAAAACCGUGAUAAAUGUUGAAGACUCCAACUAUUGCAAUACUUGGUUGAUACAGCAGUUAGCUCUCAAUAGUUUGACAUUGUUGUCAAAGUGUCAAGGAAAAAACUCACUGUCUUUUGUAAAAGAAACCUAAAACACUUUGAUUUCUUUAAUCUGAUAUUAUGUUUACAAUUUUGAUAAUUAUUACGCUGAGUAGUUAAGUGGUUAGAGUUAUCACCACUUAAUUUGUAAGUUGCCGAUUUAAUUAUCACACCAAAAAUUAUUGUGUACACAACAAACUUUCUUUUAACAUCAAUGUAACAUUGUUUUUGAUAAAAUAGUUGCACUUCAUUGCAUUUCAAAACUUUUUGUUCAAAUAUCAUGUUUAUUGGAAUCAAUCACACUGCUGUACGUAUCAAAUGUUUGCUUAGGUUUUCCAAACGCAUCUGUAACUUCUGCAUGUGCUUGAUGUACUGUAGAUGAAUAUCUACCUCAGUAUCUAAAAGCCAAUGCUGUAACUGUCAGAUUAUUUAGAGUUGACUAUAUAGUCAAUAUUUAAUUCUCACCCAAACAUGUGAAUAAUAAGUUUAUAAUGUUCGUACAGAUAUAGGAUUGUUGUAACACUAUUUUUCAUGUGUAAUGAUUUUUUUAUAAAGAGUUUAGUUUUUGUAAGUACUGUGAAUUGUUUCUUCUGUUACUAAGUACAUACUGUAUAGUGAUUUUAUUUGAGUAAAUAUCCUAUUAUCAUUUUUGUGAUUGUGAAUAUAUCUGUAUAGGCUGCUUUAUUUAUUUAUAACUUAUGAAAAAGGGUUGAUUUUUGAACAGUUAUCAAAUUAUUGUUCCAGAAAAUUAGUAAGUAGAUAAUAUAUCCCCCAGUUUCUGUAAUUUUUAUUUUAAGUUUUUAAAAGCAGACCUUGUGAUGUAGUAAGUAGUUUAUCAAGUUGUGCUGUUACUUAUAUUUUUUUAUGUUGUUAGCCCCUGAAUCACUGAUAGUAAAUGUAACAAAAAUACCUUAUACCUUUUACGUAUACAUUUUACUAACGAGUGAUUCUUAUAGUUCUAUAUAGAUUCUAGACCACCAAUUACGACCAUCAAAAGGAGUCUUCUUCAGGCCACAAAAUGUCACUUUUCAAACAGUAUCACCCGAAAAUACAUACACAAACUCCGCCAAAUCAUGUAAUCACAAAUAUUUCGCCAAGUAAAAAGACCAUUUCGGUGUCCCAUAUACGUCUCUGCACAUCUCUCUUUUACUUUAUACCUACUUUGUUCUACUAUACUUACGUGCUGUUGUAAAUGAAAAGUUACACUUAUGGCCCGAAGAAAUCUCCUUCUGAUAGUCGUAACUGGUAGGCUAGAUAGGACUAGUAUGAAUUACUCGGCAGUAGAAGGUAUUUUAACUACCUACUUGUAUUGUGAGUCGGUAGCUUAAUCGAUAGUACUAUGGACUUAAAGCCAAUGGUAACUAUGGCUUGGGCUCGAUCCUGGUUCCUGCCACUACUUUUUAUCAGUACAUUUGUACCGUAUGAUCACGUUUUGCUGGAUAUCGUUCCAUGCACGGGCCUGAGGUUUGUGUGGGCAGACAAAUGCAAGGUUAAAGAGGCCGCUAACCUCCUUAAAAAAAUUGUAUAUUAUUUUUUUCAUAUCCUGUGAUGUUAAUGUUAUUAUUAAAAA